GCCACUUUCCUCUUCCGCUAGCCCCUCCUCUUCCUUUCAAGCUCAGUUUCGCCAGCCAUGUCCAAGGAUAGCUCUGUCGAGGAUGCACCGGCCAUGACGCCCCAAGCAAGAGUCCUUUCGAUGCCAGAGCUCGCAUAUGUCAUCAGCCCUUACCUCGCACGGAAUGAUAUCUGUGCCAUGAUGAACAUUAACCGAACCUGGAUGGAGCUCGGGAGUUUCUAUCUGUACGAAAACUUAACCUUCCGCGGCGACCAGAGCAUUUUUUACAUCUCAAAACGGUACCAGUAUAUCAAAAGCCUCGAUUUCAAAUACGUCGGAUGGAACCGUGUUGAAUCACUCCUCGGCAAUUGUAUCAACCUGAGGUCCCUUACUUUCAGCUAUAGAACCUUACGGUUCUCAGAACUUCAAGAGAUCGUGGGAUUGGCGCCCCGUCUUCAGGACUUGCACAUAACCUUGUGUCAUUACAAUACGGAAUCAGUAUGCCUGCCGAUAUCUAUCGUCGCGAGGCUCACCGACCUACGAGAACUCGAGUGGGAAUCCUUGUCCGAGAUACGCGUCGAUGAUGUUCUCUUCAUCGUCAAGUCUUGCCCUUAUCUUCACACCUUGAUUUUGGGUGCGAUUACUCCUGUCGAGAGAUUCAGCAAUAUCGGAGUCAUGAGAAGUAGAGCUGCCGAUCUCAAGGACCUCGUAAGAGUGGACGAGAGUGGGUGGGCGAGCAUGUCGCUUCAAUCAUUGACUUUCAACUAUCCGCGUCUGGAAGGAUGGUACCCUUCUUCCAACGGCCCAGAUUCUGUCCAUCCUUUCAUCCGCCGGUUUUUUCGGCAUGUUCCCAACCUCCGCAAAAUCGGAAUCUCCUGCCAACCUAGCGAUAAAAGCUUCCAGGCCGCUGAUUUUGACUACAUGCGUGCUUCCUCGCCGCUCGCUGAGGCGACCAAGCGGCCCUCCAAGCAAAUCUUCACCGCCUGGUGGUAGUAGAGAAAGCAGACCAACAAAAAGACGAGGACGUGCGUGUUUGCCUGGUGUCAGUCUGCUUAUAGGAGUCUUUGUCGGCGUUUGGAGCAGCCGCAAUAUGCACCACAAAAUAAACGCCCUGCAUCUCAUCUGGUUUAACAACUCAGAGGAGGAACGCGUUUUUUUUUUUUAAGUUUGCAGUGCAGAACCUUUUUUUCGUAGAGUCCUCGCCAAGACCCAAAUAUUUUUUACAAUAAAAAUCAAUUCAAAAAAAC